AGCUAUGGCGCUAUAUAUGCGAUCCCUUGGUCCAGUCCAGCGUGUGGGAUAGUUGGUGCAUUGACAGUUUGGACUCAUGGUUUAAACACGUUUCUUUCCCUUACAGUAUCUAUUUCUACUUAUCUUCGGG